UAUUUGUCUGCUUGCCUUCACCAAAGCGUUUUCUUUUCCUCUGUUCUCAAUCUUUUCUCUCCAAAACCCUUCGAAAAAAUCCCUAUAUUCUUCAAAUUUUAGUUGAAAUUUUGAACCCAAAAAGCCCUCUCAAGAAUCUCUUGCGGUUCUGAUGGCAGAACACAAAAGCCUUCAUUAUCCGAAGUGAAGAACCCCACUUGCCUCAAAUUCCAUGUUCAUCUCUGUCUAAUCGUUGAGUAAAGGAAAAAGCUACAAAAAACCCCAUCAUUUUGAUAUCUGAUUUGAAGAACAGUGCAAAAAAAAACCCAAAUUUUCCUCUGCUAUACUCUGUUUGUUCUUAGAGGAGAUCGACAAAGAACAAAGCUUGCAGAAAUGGCAGAUCAGGUGCCGGCUACUGCUUGCGGAGCUCUGAAUUUGUCUUUGUUUGUUGUUUUAGCCUUGAUUUUGGCCAAUGUAGCUCUUGUUUGCGCUAAAUCAACUAUAGAGCCAUGCUCGAACUCCGAUUCUUGCAAUGCCCUGCUCGGUUACACGCUCUACACGGACCUCAAGGUUUCUGAAGUCGCUUCGCUCUUUCAAGUCGACCCCAUUUUGAUACUCACCGCCAACGCCAUAGAUGUUUCAUACCCAGAUGUUGAAAAUCAUAUUCUCCCUUCGCAGUUGUUCGUCAAAAUCCCCAUUUCUUGUUCAUGCGUUGAUGGGAUUCGUAAAUCGGUUUCGACUCGGUACAAGACUCGCCCAUCUGACACUCUCUCGUCGAUUGCCGAUUCCAUCUACGCUGGUUUGGUCUCGUCCGACCAGAUUCGGGAGGCUAAUUCCAUUUCGGACCCCUCUGUUCUUGAUGUUGGACAGACCCUUGUCGUGCCGCUUCCUUGUACUUGCUUUAAUGGGACAGACAAUUCGUUGCCUGCUAUUUACUUGUCUUACGUUGUUCAAUCCGAUGAUACUUUAGCUGGGAUUGCGUUCAGAUAUUCAACCACUAUCACUGACUUGAUGGAUGUUAAUGCCAUGGGUAAUCCAGCGAUCAAAGCUGGGGAUAUUUUGGCUGUCCCCUUGCCAGCGUGUGCCUCCAAGUUUCCUGGAUAUGCCUCCGACUUCGGCUUGAUCGUGCCGAAUGGAAGCUACGCCAUUACGGCUAGUCAUUGUGUUCAAUGUAGCUGUGGACCGGGGAACCUCAAUAUGUACUGCAUGCCUGCGCCCUUCGCCGUUUCUUGUUCGAGUAUGCAAUGUCGAAACAGCAAUCUAAUGCUUGGGAACUUCACUGCACAACAGAGUAGUGCAGGUUGCAAUGUUACAUCUUGUAGCUAUGGCGGGUUUGUUAAUGGCUCGAUAUUGACGACGCUGUCUUCGAGUUUACAGCCUCGAUGCCCAGGGCCACAGCAAUUUCCCCCAGUUAAAGCCCCACCUACCACAGUAACCAGAGAUUCAAAUUUUCCUCCUGCUCCAGCUCCUCAAUUUGAUGGCUCACCUGCACCGGGGUCGGGAUCGGGAUCGGGAUCGAUCCCUUCAACAACUAGUUCUCUCCCUGGACUCCCACCAGCCAGUGGCCCCGUUGGCAGUUCUUCUGGAUUGAACCCGGCUCCGUCCUCUGCCUCCUCGUUGAUGAAUCCAUUUGCUAGUAUUUCUGCUGCCGUUCUGUUAUUUAUCAUCGUCUAACUUCUUAGCGUCAUUUUCAUUAUAAUUUUUUUCAUGGCGGGGCGACUUCACGGUCGGCUUUGUAUUGUCUGUGGUUUAUAUGUUUCGAGAUUUUUCUCGUGUAUGCUGGCUGUAUUUAACCGUUAUUGUUCUUCGUCGUAUGAGUUCACCUGUAGGUUUUUUGAGACCUUUUCUUGUAAUUUGUUCUCUUUUCUAUCUUAGAAGACUGCAAUAUUAGGUGAUAUUGAUUCAUUUGCUA